AACAUUGGUCGCUGCAAUCGUACUUUGUUGUUGGCGGCUCUUUGCCGCAAUGUAUAUUUCUUUUCGAUAAAUAGUGCCGCGUGCAAGAAAAAUAGCGUAACAGGGGUUUCGUUUGUUACUCAGGGGCAUUGAAAAAGCAUUCGAACUUAUUUAGAAGCUGCUUAGUUCAUUAUGCCGCAGCCCAUUCCUCAUCAAAUGAUGAUGUUCCAGGUAAGCACCGCAUCCAAACCCCGUCUCCUGCGGUGCGAACCGGCUUUCUGAAGAAAAGCUUUUGUCGAAGUCCCUGUUGUUGAAGCGCGAAUUUGCCGCGGCGAGCUUCAAAAACCGCGUGGGUUGGUGUGUAGUACAGCGUUUGCACGACACGAAUCCUGGCAACAAACUAAGCGCGUGCAUGUACUGACGUUAUCGCAUUCGGCCGCGUGUAAUGUUUCAUUGUCGCCUGUGGCGGGCCGGAUCGAUCUUUUGUUAACUCUUCUUAACUGACUAGUCGACCACGUGCUGCCGCGAAAGUCUUAGAAGCGAGCGACCCGAGGUAUCAAGUCGCGCAACGGUCGUCUCUCCGCCGUGGUUGUUGAAAAAAAGAAAAAAAAAAGCAUAUCGUUCGCAAUGCAUGCAUCUACAGUGCCGCAAAGGAGGAGACGACAGGUCGAUUCGCAGCAGCAAAGUGCGGUGGAGCCUAUGCAAGUGGACGCGCCACCCGAGGAGAACGAAGCGGCCGAGGAGGAAACGUACACCGUCGAAAACCCGAGUUUGGACUUGGAGGCACAUGCCAACAGCUACGCGGGCCUGGCCCGCCUUUACCGCUUGCUCUACAUUGCUGACCACUGCCCGUCCCUGCGCGUCGAGGUCCUGCGCAUGGCCCUGACCCACGUGCAGAGCACGUACAACAUUGCCAAGUACCAGGAGAUCCACAAGAAGCUGAGCGAGGCUGUAGGGAGCACGCCAAACCUGCCCGACGUCACUGGCGGAAGUGGCAGCUCUGGAGCCGUGCCGCCCCUCGACAACCAGUGGAUCGAGACUCGCAGUAAGAAGGCAGCCUUGAAGCUCGAGAAGCUCGACACCGAUCUCAAGAACUACAAGAGCAACUCGAUCAAGGAGAGCAUCAGGCGCGGCCACGACGACUUGGGGGACCACUACCUCGACUGCGGGGACCUCAACAAUGCACUGAAAUGCUUUUCCCGAGCGCGCGACUACUGCACCAGCAGUCGACACGUCGUCAACAUGUGCCUCAACGUGAUAAAGGUCAGCAUCUACUUGCAGAACUGGUCCCACGUGCUCACAUACGUCAACAAGGCCGAGGCCACGCCGGAAUUCACCGAGGGCCAUGCCAAGGACACCCACCAGAGUACGGUGACCAAGCUGCGGUGCGCCGCCGGUCUGGCCGAGCUGGCCACCAAGAAGUAUAAGUCGGCUGCCAAGAACUUUCUCCAGGCCAGCUUCGACCACUGCGACUUCCCGGAUAUGCUGUCGCCGAACAAUGUGGCCAUGUACGGUGGACUCUGUGCUCUGGCGUCGUUCGAUCGCCAGGAACUCUUGCGCAACGUCAUCUCUAGCAGCUCUUUCAAGCUGUUCCUUGAGCUUGAGCCUCAGCUGAGGGACAUCAUCUUCAAGUUCUACGAGUCCAAGUAUGCCACAUGCCUCACACUGCUGAACGAGAUCAAAGACAAUCUUCUGUUGGACGUGUACUUGGCAUCUCACGUCAACACUCUGUACACCCAGAUCCGCAACCGGGCACUCAUUCAGUAUUUCAGCCCGUACCUGUCGGCCGACAUGACGAAGAUGGCGCAGGCAUUCAACACUACCGUCGGUGCGCUCGAGGAGGAGCUGAUGCAGCUGAUUCUCGACGGACAGAUACAGGCGCGCAUCGACUCUCACAACAAGAUUUUGUACGCUAAAGACAUCGACCAGAGAAGCACCACCUUCGAACGGGCACUUGCAAUGGGCAAGGACUACAAGCGCAGGACAGCUGCACUGGUACUGAGGUCUGCAAUGCUCAAGAAUCAGAUACAUGUUAAGCUUGCUGGCUCUCAUACUACCCCGCAGCACAUGCGAUGAGCAAAGUCCUCCGUUGUCUGAACCGAGGUGUCGCGCCGGGUUUUGCGCAGAGCUUGCCCCGAGAAGGCUCGCAGGGCGCAGACAUCUCCAUGGUGUCGUGCAACUGCGCCACCCCUCGCAACUAGCCGGGGAAUUCACGAGCCUGAGCACCAGCCGCUGACUGUGUGUGUGCGACGCUGUUGUUUCCUGUCUCUCUCUAUCUCCUCUUCUUAGUGCCACUUCGUUCGCCGUCUUGUGUGUUUGCACGCACGUUCGUUUUUUCUUCUCUUUAUAGGUUUAACACGUCGACCGGAGGAAGAUUGUGGUGUUCGACCUUUUUCUUUGCCCAAGCCUCGUAGUUUUUUUUUUAAUUGCGGGUAGAAUUUUCGCGUGCUAAUAAAAAUUUGACGGCAUCAUAUUUGGGAGAGUCCUGGUGCUUUUCCUGUCAUAGACAUGGUGUGGGAUUUUGGCGUAGAAUUCUACUGCAAUUGUGCCAAGUGAGAGGCACAUACUAAGAGAACGGGAUACUGAUGUCUGCAAAUUGUCAACUCUGUUUUUGUCUAUAUUAACUAACAUUCGUCUGAAUUGGAAUCGCACCUGCCCUGUGUGUAUUUCAAGUCCCCGCUUCGAAGCCCUCAUUCGUGUCGUUCCAACAUUUGUUUAAUAUUCCGAAAUGGUAUGUACAUGUGUUUAUUUGUAUAUCACAUGUAUGUGUAUGUAUAUCACAUGUAUGUGCAUAUACAUAUACCACGUAUUUCUUCUCUGUCAUUACUGUUUUGUGUGGAUACCAUUGAUGUGGUUUUGCGGAAAUAAACAUUUCAAAGUUUGCACGCAUACUUGUCCAGUUUUCUUUGUUAGCUUUCUUUUACUCAAUGUCACUGCAUUGGACUGUACCAACUAGCCGAAGCUGCUGAAGCUUUAAAGGUAGAAUGUCCAAAUGUUAGCUUGCUCUGGUAGCUUAGCCACUAUGUUACUGCACUGCCAAGCAUGCGGGUGCAGAUUCGACUCUCCACUGCAGCAGCUGUACAUCAGCGUAGCAAAAUGCAAAAGCACCCUAUCGCUUAGGUUUAGAUCCACUUUAGGUACAGUCCAACUUUAUCUUCCUGAUGGGGAGUCGUGAUCAUCUGAUUUUUGGCACGUGUAGACCCAGUAUUUAAUUGUCUAAGAUAUUCUGGAUGAGCUCAAAAAAUAUUUUGCAGCACUGUAAUCUUUGUGUUUGCUUGGAUCUAUAUGUUUUUCUUCUUGGUCUGUCUUUACAUUGGACUUGACGUGUUGGCACGAAGAAGACUGUGUUCCCACAUCUUUGCUAACUAAUUUCUUUUCUUUGAGAGUUGCAUUUUCACGUGCUAGUUUCUUCAUACGCUAGUAGCACGUUUGAAACACUCCUCACCCUUUCUAUGGCAUGUUUAUUACGGGAGCAGGGGGAGGGGUGGUUCACAUAAAGUUGGAGUGUUUAAAUAAUGCGGUACUGGGAGGUUCUCGGAUGCUAUUCAAGGUGCUUUUCAGUGCGUCUCGAAAGCCCGCUGCAUACAAGUGCUUUUAUGUGGAAGCAAAAACUAAUCGGCUUUGAACAUUAUGGUUUUUUCAGUUGUGAACAUUGCUAUGGAUGCAGGUAAAAAUUUCGGAAAAGCACCUCUAGCCUCUUUGUGUUGAACCUCUUGUUCAUUUUGUAACACUGCUGUCCACACACACAAAAAAGUGUUCAGAUGGCAUGACGGAGGCACCUACGUCUUAUACAUGCCUUCAAUGUGAAUGCUCAGCGUGCCUGGAUGUGACGAAAUUAACGUCGGUAUCGCGUGACGAGUUAUCACGUCACGAUUUUGUCAUCGCAUAAAGGGACGACGUCGUCAGUUGAUCACGUGAGCUUUGCCACCACUUGGCAAUGCCGACACUCUCUGGUAAGGUGACAGUUUUCGCUUUGUGGGGCACACAAUGCCUUCGCAUCAAAGUGCAGUAGACUGGGGUGACAACUAAGUUCUUUAGUGGGCAGGGAACACCUGAGCCCCGCCGCGGUGGUCGAGUGGCUAAGGUACUCGGCUGCUGACCCGCAGGUCGCGGGAUCGAAUCUCGACUGUGGCGGCUGCAUUUCCGAAGGAGGCGGAAAUGCUGUAGGCCCGUGUGCUCAGAUUUGGGUGCACGUUAAAGAACCCCAGGUGGUCGAAAUUUCCGGAGCCCUCCACUACGGCGUCUCUCAUAAUCAUAUGGUGGUUUUGGGACGUUAAACCCCACAUAGCAAUCAAUCAGGGAACACCUGAGUCAUUAGGUUCAUGUAGUUUAUUGCUUAAUGCGGCUAAUAUGUCACUUAUGAUUGCUAUUACUGGUAUUUUUAUGUGUUUUUAGCUUUUGCGCUUCUAGACAAAUGUGUUGCUAACAGUCGUAUCGAUGUAUGCUUUCUCAGUGGCUAUACGUUGUGUCACUCUGAAUGGAACUGAUGUGUGAGAGGUUAGCAAAUGUUCUGAAUAAAAGUUUUCUUCUGCGUUGGGA